AUGUCAUGGACAAGAAGUAGUGUCAGUGGCAAGGUAGCACCUGCAAGGUGUGCACAUUCUUCAGCCUAUUGUUCAAAGACAAAUAGUGUCUAUAUCUUUGGUGGAUGGGAUGGAAAGAAUGUACAAGGUGAUUUGUCUCAAUUUCAUGUUGAAACAUCAUCAUGGUUAUUUCCUUUAACUCAUGGAAAGAAACCAACAAGUAGAGCAGGUCAUUCAGGUGUAGCAUUGAAUUCACAUACUAUAUUGGUGUUUGGAGGUAUAGAGGGAGAGUUUUAUACAUCUGAUGUCUAUCUAUUGGAUGUUGAUACGAUGGAGUGGAAGGAGAUGAAGACUAGCGGCAAUGUACCAAUGCCAAGAUCACGACACUCUGCUACAGUGGUAGGAUCAAAUGUAUAUAUUUAUGGAGGUAGUGAUAAUCACAUGACCUUUAAUUCACUCUAUUGCUUGGAUACGUUGACCAUGAAGUGGUCAAUUCCUAAUUGCACAGGAUCACCACCAGCUUCUUGGGGACACGGUGCCAUCUACUAUGCAGCAGGCAACAGCAUCUACUUUUACGGUGGCAAUAGUGCCAGUCCCCUCAACUCGGGUGAUCCCACUUACAACGGACUCUCCAUCUUGGACUUGACCACUCUUACUUGGCGUCUAAACGUAGAGUCACCCGAAGAAGAGGACAAGAAGCUGCCCAGUCGUGCCGGCCAUACCUUUACACCAUUCAACAACAAAUUUGUAGUGUUUGGAGGUGUUGGAGAUGGUGGCAAGAUCCUCAAUGACACCUUUGUAUUGGAUCCCGUCACACUCGUGUGGAGACAGUUUACAGCCGAUAACACCCCAACCUUUAGAUGCUCCCACACCGCCGAGAUUGUCAGUCACCAAAUAUUCAUGUUUGGUGGUAGUGACGGUCACCGUUACUUUAAAGAUAUUGCCAUUCUAGAUGCUGAAAAGGUUAUGACCAAAAUAGAUCAAGCUCCAAAGAAAAAAAGAAUUAGAUUAAGACCAUUUAAAAAUGUUCCAACAACUGAUCAAGUAAAUACAGAAAAUGGAAAUGAACCAAUUAUAUCAUCAUCUCAACCAAAACAACAACAACAACAACAAACAUUGGAUGGUGCAGAUAAACCUAAACCAGUUGUAGUAGUACCAGUAUCACAACCAAAACAACAACAACCUCAACAAAAGGAAGUUGAAACCAUGGUUAAACCACCUCCACCAAUCCCACCAAAUCCACCAAAACCAGCAGCAACUAGUAAAUCAAAUGAAGUUCAACAUCAACAAAUUAAAUCACAACUACAACAACAACAACCAAAACAAUUAUUACCACAACCAAAACAAUCAACGACUGCAACAAUACCAAAUCCAAUCAUACCAACCAUUAGUUUUUCACAACAACAACAAUCAUUUACAUCUGCAUCAUCUCAAUUACCACCAAUACCUCCAUUACCAAUGAUGAAUGGUAGUAUUAGUAUUAAACAAGAUUUAACAAUUAAUUUAAAUAAUCGUAGUGGUGCAGCAACUCCAGCUACUACAGCAGCCAACAUUAAAUUCAAAGGAAUCAUUGAAUGGUUAUCAAAGUUAAAUCUAUCAAAAUACGAAGACAACUUUAUUAGAAAUGAAAUUACAGUGGAUAUUUUGGAUUACGUAACGGAACAACAUUUAAUUGAAGAUUUGGAAAUCCCUACACUUGGAGCAAGACUAAAAAUAUUAAAUGCAAUUCAAUUGGAAAAAGACGCAAAGAAUGAAAUCCAAAACAAAAACAAACGUACAGAAAAGAGUGAAAAGGAAUUAUUAAAAGAAGCAAUUGAACAACUUCGUACAACUAGUGAUUCUAUAUUAUCAGUCAUUCAAUCAAUACCACAACCAAAUAAUAAUAAUAAUAAUAAUAAUAAUAAUGGAAAUAAUCAUCAUAAUGGAAAUCAUAAUAAUAAUAAUCAUCAUCAUAAUCACCAUCAUGGAAAUUCAUACAAGUCACCUGGUGCAUUAAAAGGUUUAUCAAAAUAA